AUGCGAACUGUGCGUAAUACGGUGGAUACUGGGAGAACAAUCAUUUGCACCAUACAUGAACCAAGCAUUGAUAUUUUUGAAGCACUUGAUGAGCUAUUACUUAUGCAACUCGGUGGACGUGUUAUAUAUGGAGGGAAGCUUGGUUUGCACUCACAGAUUAUGAUAGACUAUUUUCAGGGAAUUAACGGAAUUUCCCCAAUCCCAAAUGGUUACAACCCAACAACUUGGAUGCUUGAGGGAAGUGGAAGCUACAAUUAUGCAAAUGAGUGUUCCAACUGCUGGUUCAAAACCAUUAAAUCUCAUGAGAUUAAUUUUCAGUAUCAUAAUUACCUUUUUAUUGAGCUCUGUAUUUUCGCAUCUUGGUUCAAAAAGAAACUCAACUCAAGGUUUAUUGAUAGUAAUAGGAGCUCUCUCUUUAGCAUGCUCGAUUCUUGGGGGUCUUUUGCAGAUUCCAUAUGUAGUACUGCAAACAAUUGUGUUUGGUGUCAUCACCUAUUUUAUGAUCCAUUUUCAAAUGACAACAAGGAAAUUUUUUAUCUUGUGUUCCUGUUCCUCACCUUCACCUACUACACUUUUUCUGGAAUGAUGGCUGUUGGUCUCAUUCCUAAUCAAGACUUGGCAUCUGUCAAUAUGCUAGAAUGGUUGACAUGGUGUUACUACAUUAGCCCUGUAACAUGGACUCUGCGAGGGAUUAUCUCCUCUCAGCUUGGUGACAAGGAAAGCAUGAUUGAAGAACCUCAGUUUAAUGGCAUUGUGAAAGAAUAUUUGAAAGCUAACCUUGGCUAUGGUCCUGGAAUGAUUGGAGUUUCAGUUGUUGUGUUGAUUGGCUUCUAUGGCUUCUGUCAAUGGCUAAUGCUGGUUAUUGGUCGUUUUAUACCAAUGGUUCACAAUUACUUCUUCAUCACAACUGCUGUGACAACUAGUUGGCUAGGUGGCAUCUUAUCCACCCUGCUGAACCUGUUUAGGAACCUUUUGCCUCACUACAAGGCUAUCAAUGAGAGGCACAUAUUUAGACUCUCAUUGAUAGCCUCGUCUUCUCCGUUUAAUUUUGUUUCUCCUUCUCUCGCUUGCGGAGGUGGUGGUUUGUCGUAG